GGCUCUAAGUUUGGUGAAGUUGGGGAAGUACCAUGGAGGACGAGAAGAAGAAGAAACAGAGCAGCAGAAGAAGGGACCCGAAAACCUCUUCUUCAUCACGUCAUGAGAAGAAAAAGGUUUUGGGGACGAAUUCGUUUCAGAUAAGCGACGGAGAAGCGUCCCGGUUAGUCGGUAGUAUCGUCGAGAAAGGCAUUUCCGAUGAGCCACAAGCCAAGCCUUUCUUCUUCCCAACUCCGCCUCCGAAACCAACUGUUCUUCCUUUCCCUGUUGCUCGCCACCGCUCUCAUGGCCCGCAUUGGGGUCCGGUAGGCUGGAAAAUGGGCGGUGGUGAUGAUGAUAAUGGUGAUGGUGGAGAUGGUGACGAAGAGGAUGAAGUAUUCAUGGACAUUGACCCAGUUGCUACUUUUGCCAAACCCAUAGAGAGAAAGAAGAAAAAAAACCUGGACUUUACCCGGUCCAAAGAGCUUUCCCUUGGUGACAAAUCUUCCAUGGCCGAGAAAUUGGAAGGAACUAUGUUUUCCUCAAGGAGAAAACAAGAAAAGGAUAAAAAAGCAAUUGAACCACUGCAUCUCCAGGAUAAUGGUAAAGAUACCAGCCCUGUUAGGUUCAAGAAUGAAGAACCCAUGUUGGUAAACAACCAAAUGGACGUGGAGAAGAAGGCUGGUGAUGAUAUGGCUUUGAAUCAGUCACUGGAAAGAAGGGAGCAAACAUGUUCAACAUCAAGUACGGUUUCUUUUAUUGGGUCUGACCUUGGAAAUGAACAAGGAACCAUGUCGCUUGAGAGUGAGAUUGACGCUGAGAACCAUGCACGGUUGGAGGGAAUGUCAAGACAUGAGAUUGAAGAGGCACAAGCUGAAAUAAUGGAGAAGUUGAACCCUGCAUUACUGAAGCUACUUAAAAGGAGGGGUGAAGAAAAAGUGAAGCAGAAAAAGGUUUCAGCUCCGAAUAUUUCCGCUAAUAGAGAGCCAGAAAAUGUACAGAAUGAGGAUAAUAAUGAUGCAAAAAGUUCUCCUUUCUCUGAGAGUGGUACGACUCGUAGAGUGGCAAAAAUAACCUCAGAUGAUUCUCAUGAUGGGCUAGAUAAUAGGGGGACAUGGAAUUCUAAACCAGCCAAUAGCAGUUUGUGGAAGGCAUGGAGUGAGAGAGUUGAGGCAAUUAGGGAUCUAAGGUUUUCCUUGGAUGGUACUGUUAGUGGUAGUGAUCUUGUUCAGGUACCAGAGACUGGUAAUAUUACCAUGCGUGACUUCUUGCGUAGUGAGGGGGAUCCAGGAGCAGCAGGUUACACAAUCAAAGAAGCAGUGGCACUCACUCGAAGUGUGAUUCCAGGGCAGCGCACCCUUGCAUUGCACAUCCUUUUAGCUGUUCUUGACAAGGCACUGCACAAUAUUCAACAAGGUCAAGUUGGAUGUACUGCGAGAAAUGUUGAUAAUGUUUACUAUUCUGUCGAUUGGGAAGCUGUUUGGGCUUAUGCACUUGGCCCAGAACCUGAGCUCGUUUUAUCACUAAGGAUUUGUCUUGAUGAUAAUCACAGUUCCGUAGUUCUAGCAUGUGCCAAACUUAUUCAGUGCGUAUUGGGUUGUGAUGCAAAUGAGAACUUCUUGGAAUUCUUGGAGAAAUCGGCAACUAUUGAGGGUAUCUGUACUGCCCCUGUAUUUAGAAGCAAACCCGAGAUUGAUGUUGGUUUUCUUCGUGGUGGAUUUUGGAAGUACAAUGCUAAGCCUUCUAAUAUCCUCACCCUUGUUGAGAAUAUUAUUGAUGAUGAGACCGAAGGGAACCAUACAAUUCAGGAUGAUAUUGUGGUUGCUGGACAGGAUUUUGCUGCAGGUUUGGUUCGGAUGGGGAUCCUUAUAAGGCUUCGUUAUCUUCUGGAGUCAGACCCCACAGCUGCUCUGGAAGAAUGCAUAGUUUCUAUACUUAUUGCCAUAGCAAGGCAUUCCCCAACAUGCUCAAAUGCAAUUAUGAAAUGCCAAAGGCUUGUUCAAACAGUUGUCCACAGAUUUUCUCCAAAACAAAAUAUGGAAAUUCAUCCUUCUAAGAUAAAAUCGGUUAUUCUUUUAAAGGUAUUGGCUCAAUCAGAUGUGACAAAUUGUGGGGAUUUUGUGAAGAACGGGUUUUUCCAAAUUAUGACAUGGCAUUUGUAUCAACAUGCUUCCUCUCUUGACCACUGGAUGAAAUUUGGACAGGAGAAGUGUAAACUUUCAUCAGCUUUGAUGGUUGAACAAUUACGAUUUUGGAAGGUCUGCAUUCAGCAUGGGUAUUGCAUAUCAUAUUAUUCAAGUAUUUUCCCUGCCUUGUGCCUCUGGUUGAAUCCCCCUACUUUCGAAAAACUUGUAGAGAACAACGUUGUUUGUGAAUUUGCUUCCAUCUCAAAGGAAGCAUACCUUGUUCUAGAGGUUUUGGCUGGAAAGCUUCCUAAUUUAUUUUCACAGAGGCAUUUAAGCAGUCAGACAGCGCAGGGCAUUGGUGAUGAUGUGGAGAUCUGGUCUUGGAGUCAUGUUGGUCCAAUAAUUGAUCUGGCUGUAAAAUGGAUAACAUUGCAGAGUGAUCCACAACUACGUAAUUUUUUUGAAUGGAAAAAAGAAAUCAGGGGUGAUCUUUCCCAAGAUUUAUCUUUGACUUCCUUGCUGUGGAUAUAUUCUGCUGUGUUCCACAUGCUUGCGAAAGUGCUGGAAAGAGUGAACCCAGACAACACUGCCAAUCUGCAGGGAAGUGGUGGCCUUGUGCCAUGGCUUCCAGAGUUUGUUCCUAAAGUUGGACUUGAAAUCAUAAAAGCUGGACUUCUGGGCUUUUCAGAUUCCAGUGCUACAAAAUAUGGAAUAGAUCCUUCAUGCAGUGGUUCUUUCAUUGAAAAGCUAUGUUAUUUGAGGCAGCAAACUGAUUAUGGAACAUCAUUAUCUUCUUUAUGUUGCCUUCGUGGAUUAGUCCAGACUGUUGCUGUUACUGAUAACUUGAUCCAGUUGGCUGACAAAGGGAUAGAAGGUCCUUGCCAAGAAUAUGUUCUCCUAAGAGAAGAUAAAAUACUCAAGUAUGGGAUGCUUAAGCAUUCCUCAAUUGAAUUGAGAAGUGUGCAAAAUAUUUUUUCGAACUUAGUUACUUCAGUGUUACACUAUGUGCAUUCCAUUGAAACGUUUGGCAGAGGAGGCCCUGCUCCUGGUGUAGGAGUUGGCUGGGGGGCAUCUGGUGGGGGAUAUUGGUCCGCAACCAUUUUGCUGGCGCAGAAUGAUGCAGGAUUUCUCAUUGAUCUGCUUGAUGCUUUUCAGGUUGUGGUAGUUCCUCAUUUACCUAGAGAAGUAGAUAUAACCUUCAUCAUGCAGAUCAAUUCUGCCUUGGCAGUAUCGUUAAUUGCUGGGCCAAAAGAUAGAAGUAUCGUCAAAAAGGCUCUAAAGGUUUUGCUUCAUGUCUCUGUUCUGACAUAUCUUGAUCUCUGCAUUCGACAUUUUCUUGGUACUAAGAGAAAUAAGCCAUUUGGGUGGACAUAUGAAGAAGAGGAUUACACGGUCUUCAAUAUAAUAUUAACUUCUCAUUUCAAGAACAGAUGGCUGUCAGUAAAGAAGAAGCUGAAACCAAUUGAUGGCAUAAGCGGCACUACCAACAAGACAUUUGAGAAGAGUAAUCGUUCUCUGGAAACCAUAUAUGAGGACUCAGACACAUCAUUUAGCAAUCAGGAUUCUACUCCUUUAGUUGUAGAGUGGGCUCACCAGAGACUCCCCCUACCCAUGUAUUGGUUUUUGAGUCCAAUCUCAACGCUUUGUGAUGGCAGGGAUGCUGGUCUUCGAAAAGCUUCCAAAUUAGAAGAUCUGAUCCAAGACCCCAGUAACGUGCUUGAAGUUGCCAAAGCUGGUCUUUUCUUCCUUCUAGGUAUUGAAGCAAUGUCCAGCUUCCUACCUCCUGAUGUUCCCUCCCCUGUUCAGGGUGUACCAUUGGUUUGGAAAUUGCAUUCCUUAUCUGUGAUCUUACUUGUUGGAAUGGGCGUGAUUGAAGAGGACAAGAGUAGGGAUGUAUAUGAAGCUUUGCAAGAUUUCUAUGGUGAUAUUCUUGACAAGGCAAGGCUUAGAAGUGCUGAAAUAGCUUGGGACAUUAAUGUGAACAGCCAAGAAUUUUUGGGGUUUCAAUCAGAGAUUCAUGAUAGUUAUUCAACAUUUAUUGAAACUCUUGUGGACCAGUUUUCUGCUAUAUCUUAUGGCGAUCUUGUUUAUGGCCGUCAAGUUGCAGUUUAUCUACACCGUUGUGUAGAAGCACCUGUUCGACUUACUGCCUGGAAUGCACUAACUAAUGCUCGUGUUCUUGAACUUUUGCCACCGCUAGAGACUUGCAUUGGAGAAGCUGAAGGGUAUCUUCAACCUGUUGAGGAUAACUCUGAUAUAUUGGAGGCUUACGUAAAAUCGUGGACGUCUGGUGCCCUUGAUAGGGCUGUAAGUCGAAGCUCAGUUGCAUAUGAGCUGGCUCUCCACCACCUUUCGUCUUUUCUUUUUCACUUCUACAAGGAUGAUAAGUUAUUGCUGCGAAACAAGCUUGCAAGGUCUCUUCUGCGGGACUCCUCCCUAAAGCAGCACCAUGAGGUAAUUAUGUUGAAUCUUAUUCGUUAUGACAAGGUAACUAUGGAUAGAGAUGGUUCCCCUCUGGAAAUGAGUAUAGACAAAAGAUUUGAGGUAUUAAUUGAAGCUUGUGAAAGAAAUUCUUCUCUUAUAAAUGAAGUGGAGAGGCUGAAAACCCUCGUCAACAACAGCCAUUCCUGACUGACGUUAUCUAAAUAAAUGUGAGAUAUAAUCUUCUACAAUGUCUUGUACAUAUGAGCUCUUUUUUAAUGGAUUCUGGUUAGUUGAGUGGAGCUGAAGCUGAAUUACACUUAUAAUUUUGUCCUCGAAUUGUAAGUAAUUAUUGGAAAAGAAAAUCCAGACAGAUUUCUAAUGUUUCAAACACAAUUUGCGUAUGCGUCAGGGGUACACAAUUUAUUUGGUUUUUGGGGUAAUUCACAAAUUA